ACAGACAGAAAGAACUGAACAAGCAAACGGUGCGAUGGAACAACCCCUAGCUGCAGCCCGGAGGAGGCCUCCGGCGGCCGCGGCCGCGCCUGCGCCGCCUCGAAUCCUCCCCCUCCUGUUUCUCCUCACGCUCGCCUUGUCCUCCUGUGGCGCGGCUGCCGCUUCCGGGGCUCCGGUCGGAGAGGAUUACGUCCGGCCGCCGGCCCGAAACUUCGGCGCUCAGCGCAAGGCCCUCCUCGGCCUCUUCCCCUGGAGCAAGAAAAAGACCUCCUCUUCCGCUUCCGAUCCCCAGCAGGUUCAUGUUUCGCUAUCAGGAGAGAAGCACAUGAGAAUUACAUGGGUCACAGAUGAUAACUCUGUCCCUUCAGUUGUGGACUAUGGAACUAAAGCCAGCACAUACACAUCCUCAUCUCAUGGAGAAAGCACAUCGUACAGCUACUUAAUGUAUAGCUCAGGAAAGAUCCACCAUGUUGUUAUUGGACCUCUCGAAGACAACACGAUAUACUACUACCGAUGCGGAGGACAAGGUUCAGAGUUCCAACUUAAGACACCUCCUUCUCAAUUUCCGUUGUCAUUGGCUGUUGUGGGAGAUCUUGGGCAAACCAGUUGGACGACAUCAACACUAAACCACAUUAAGGAAUGUGAAUAUGAUAUGCUUUUACUUCCUGGUGAUCUUUCUUAUGCUGAUUUUAUGCAACAUUUGUGGGAUUCCUUUGGUACGUUGGUGCAACCACUUGCUAGCACCCGGCCCUGGAUGGUGACACAAGGCAACCAUGAAAAGGAGAGCAUACCAUUUUUUAAGUCUGGAUUUCAAUCAUAUAAUGCACGAUGGAAGAUGCCUUAUGAAGAGAGUGGAUCCAAGUCAAAUUUGUACUACUCAUUCGAGGUUGCAGGGGUGCAUGCUAUAAUGUUAGGUUCUUAUACAGAUUAUGAUGAGAGUUCAGAUCAGUAUGCUUGGCUUAAGGCUGAUCUUGCUAAUAUAGAUAGAAAGAGGACACCAUGGCUCAUUGUGUUGUUCCACGUGCCAUGGUAUAAUAGCAACUUUGCUCAUCAGGGUGAAGGUGACAGUAUGAUGAGUGCAAUGGAGCCAUUGCUAUAUGCUGCUAAUGUAGAUAUUAUGAUCGCAGGUCAUGUGCAUGCCUAUGAACGUUCGGGGCGGGUCUACAAGGGUGGACUUGAUCCAUGUGGUGCCGUGCAUAUAACUAUCGGGGAUGGUGGUAACCGGGAAGGCUUGGCCCAAAGGUACCAUAAUCCCAAACCAUUUUGGUCGGUCUUCCGGGAAGCAAGCUUUGGGCAUGGCGAGCUAAAGAUUGUUAACUCCACACAUGCUCACUGGACAUGGCACAGGAAUGAUGAUGAAGAACCAGUAAAAACAGAUGACGUGUGGAUAAAUUCACUGUAUGGUUCACAGUGCAUCCAGGACAGCAGCCCUGAGUUCCGGAAAAUCCUGAUGUCUCCUUGAGAACACCUACACAAGUAACACAAUCAUAUAUGGUUGAGUAACAUAGUUUGGGAAGUGUUUGCCAUGUACCGUAUAUAUGUGUGUACAACUGUUUGGUAAACACAAUCUGAUGAGGCUUUUUGCUCUAUAUUGUAGUAUACUGGUUAACCGGGAGUUGCUGUUUGUAUCAGUAUAUUAGUGUGUAACCAUUCUAUAUAACUACAAUGUUGAAGCUAAGUGAAAAUGAUACCUUACUCA